AUGGACCUCCACCGCCCCUUCAAGAUGGACAGCCCCUCCUACCUGCCAGCUCCUCUGGCUUCCCCCGCCCUAAUGGUCCUCGCCUCUACCGCUGAGGCCGGCCGAGAUGCCUCCGUCCCCUGCCAGACGCCCAGACCCUUCGGUGUCCCUGGCUCCAUGGAGAAAGACCUCCACCUUCCAUUCCCCUCCGCCUCCUACACUUUCACCUCCAUGUAUCAGCGCCAGGGCCCCAUGUCAGGCACCUUCCCCACCCGAGACUUCCCAGCCUCCCUGCUCCACCUGCACCCCCAGUUUACCGCACCAAAUCUGGACUGCUCCACCCUGGGCAUGCUCAACCACAGCGGAGUGGGUGCCUUCCGACCUUUCUCCUCGCCACAAGAGGAGAGGGAGACAGUUGGUUACCACUCGGCUUUCACCCCUGCGAAGAGGCUGAAAAGCUGCUUCUCGGAGGUGGAGGGGAAGGAGUUUGACUUUGGCUCCCCGGGAGGCUCCCUCAAAACUGGGGAGGACUCAGGGAGGAAGCUGUUCUCCAUGUCCGGUCUGCUGUCUGACGGGGAAGCUUCAUCGAGCCCAGAGGAGCGCAAAGAGAAAUGUAAAUGAGGAGCAUCAGGUCUCUAUGAUGCCCAGGCCCCAGUGUGUCCAGUCUGCCAGGCUGUUUUACGACCAGGAGAGCUGCAGGAACACAUGGAGCAGGAAUUAACCAAACUUGCCCAGCUACAAAUCAGGUGACAAUUAAUGUUGACAGAUUCUGUAGCUGUAGGCACCCCCCAGUCUCUUUCACUCUCUCUGCAUAUUAAAUGUGAAAGAGGUUCUCCCACCUCACCUCCUCGACUGGCUGAGGACACCCACUCUGAUCGAUAUCAGACGUUUCUCCGUGUGCGAGCCAACAGACACACAAGACUAAAUGUCAGGAUUGGCAAGCUGAAGAGAAGGAAACCAGAGGAGGGCUCUGCUGACUUGGUGCCAUUGGAGGAUGAGUGGAAUGAGAGGAGAAGGAUACAGAUGACGUCUAUAGUCGGAGGGUUUAAAGGUGCAAUGCUUGUGAGCACAACAUCUAAGGAGUGUCGGGACAGCGAUGCAGACCUAGACGUGGAUGGAGAUGAUACUCUGGAGUACGGCAGAGCACAAUACACAGAGACAGAUGUGAUCCCCUGCUCAGCAGAAAACUCCAAGGAGACAACAGUGAACACCAUUGGCAGCAGCAGCAGUACGUUGCCGGACUCCAGAGUCAACCUAGAAUUUUCCAAAUGGUCAAAUGAAGGGAGUCCAUCAACCAGUACUGGAGAGAAACUGGACGGCAGUGUAGCUGGUCUCCUCAAAACCUGCAAAAACACAGAGAUAGAGACGCUCUCAGAGGUGUCCACGCUGACAACUCUGGAUGCACUUAAAGCUCGGAUACGGGAUUUGGAGAAACAGUUGUCUAAAGGAGACAGAUUUAAAUGCCUCAUCUGCAUGGACACGUACACAACCCCUCUUACCUCCAUCCAGUGCUGGCAUGUUCACUGUGAAGAGUGCUGGCUUCGGACGCUGGGAGCAAAAAAGUUGUGUCCUCAAUGCAACACCAUCACCUCACCUGGAGAUCUGAGGCGAGUCUACCUGUGAUGCUGCCACUCAUGAGAGAUCAGGGGAAGGUCUUUUUCUGUUUUAGCCAAUCAGGGAUGGACUUGUGGGCAGCUGGCCUGUCAUAGACUCCCACCCCUCCUCCUCCUUCUUCUUCUCCUUACACCUUCCUGGUCCCACAUGUUCCUCAGUGUGCUCCUAACAUCCACUAACCCCCCGACAAUUUGAAAAGCAGCAAGUGUGACCUUUGACCUUCCUUGUACAAUAUCCAUGCUCCUGCUGCAACAUCAACCAGAUUGGAGGAAACAUC